UCUCCGGAAGUCAGGGGGCCAACCGGAAAGAGACCGGAAGGAACGGAGACGUCCCGCUCCCGCUACGGUGGCCUGAAAGGAGUGGCGAAGGCGGCUGGAUAGAGUUUAUGAUUUCUGGGGCUCACAGUCGUGAUGUCUUUCAAGAGGGAAGGAGACGAUUGGAGUCAACUCAAUGUGCUCAAAGUAGGCGGAGAGGAAAACGAAGAGUCGGGGACCUGCUUGCCAGUUACAUCCCAGAGGAUGAGGCGCUGAUGCUACGGGAUGGACGCUUUGCUUGUGCCAUCUGUCCCCACCGGCCUGUCCUGGACACUCUGGCCAUGCUGACUGCCCACCGUGCAGGCAAAAAACAUCUGUCCAGCCUGCAGCUUUUCUAUGGCAAGAAGCCGCCAGGAAAGGGCACAGAGCAGAAUCCAAGACAGCAUAAUGAACUCAGGAGAGAAGAGACCACAGCAGAGGCUCCUCUCUUAACCCAGACUCGACUUAUCACUCAGAGUGCUCUGCACAGAGCUCCUCACUAUAACAGUUGCUGCCGCCGAAAGUACAGACCAGAAGCCCCUCGUCCCUCUGUCUCUCAUCCCCCUUUGCCACCCCCAGAGAUUGAACCCCAAGGUGGGAAGAUCAAUAGAGAACCUGAGCCUGAGGCUGGUUCACAGACCAAGGAGUCAGCCACUGUCUCAUCCCCCGCACCUAUGAGUCCCACAAGAAGACGGGCCCUGGAUCAUUAUCUCACCCUUCGAAGCUCUGGAUGGAUCCCAGAUGGACGAGGUCGAUGGGUAAAAGAUGAAAAUGUUGAGUUUGACUCUGAUGAGGAGGAACCCCCUGAUCUCCCCUUGGACUGACAUCCUCUUUCCCCAUUCAUUUCAUAAAUAAACUACAGCAAGCGCUGGGAGCCCA